AUGGUAACCCUUCACGCCAUCCAAGCCCACAAUGCGGCUCUCACAUCCCUAGCCUCAGGUCUCGUCGCGGUGUUUGUCGGCGGUACCUCUGGUAUCGCCCUCUCAACGGCCCUCGCACUCACCCGGUACACCACAUCGCCCAAAAUCUACCUCAUCGGCCGCAGCCAGUCCGCCGCCGAUGCUGCCAUCGCCUCCAUCAAAAGCAUCAACCCCUCCGCCCAGCCAACCUUUCUCCAAGCCGACAUCUCCCUUCUCAAAAAUGUCGACAGCGUGUGUGCCGAGCUCGCAGCAAGAGAAAAAUCAAUUAACCUUCUUUUCAUGACACCCGGAUAUUUGACGCUGAAAGGCCGGGACGAGACGGCCGAAGGUCUGGACCGAAAAUUCGUGCUGCAUUACUAUGCGCGGAUGCGCUUCAUCACCAACCUGCUUCCUCAGUUGAGCGCAGCCGCUCAAGAUCCCUCUGUCGAUGCCAGCACCAGACUAUCCCGCGUAGUCUCCGUCCUAGACCCAAUGGUCUCCGUCCGCGCCGGCGGCGCUGGCACCCUCGACUUCUCUGACCUUAGUCUGAAGCACACCUUUACCCUGAAAAAAUGCGGUUGGCACGCCAGCCUGAUGGGCAAUUUUUUCCUGGAAAGCAUGGCGGAGCGACACCCGCAUACCUCCUUUGUCCAUGCGUACCCCUCUGGAGUGGCCACGGGCGUGAUGCGUGAACUGCCCGCUGGACGAGUCCUGUCGGCUGUGCUGACGCCGCUGUUGAAACCAUUCAUGGUCCCGCUCGAUGAGAGCGGAGAGAGGCAUUUGUUUGCGGCGACGAGUGGGAGGGGGGAAGGGGAUAUCGCUGCUGGCAGCGAUGGGACGAAGGGGAGUGGUUGCUACUGGUUGGAUUGGGACAGUGAGGUGUUUCCGCCAAACAAGAAAAUACAGAGGACGAGAGUACAGAGCGCGGUGGAGAAGGUGGUGCAGCACACGGAGGAGGUUUUCAAGCAGGUGUGUGAAGAGGGCAAGACGUACCCAUGA